UCGCAAAUACUGUCGUUAUGUGGAGUCAAUGAUACCGACGCUAUCGAUGCCGAAGAUAUUGUGACUAAUUUGGAGACCGAAGCCAUCACUGACGGCAAUCUAACGCUCAGUGAAAUCUGCAAUACUAUCGUUAACUACACAUUUCAAGACACCGAAGAAGAUCUGUUAUCUCCCCGACUCGAGGCACUGUUAGUCGCAUCAUUAGGUUUCAUGAUUGUGGCCACAGUUAUCGGUAACAUUUUGGUCUGCCUUUCGGUAGUUUUGGUCCGUAAACUCAGACAUCCAUCCAAUUACUUACUCGUAUCUCUAGCAAUAUCUGACUUAUGUGUGGCUAUUCUGGUGAUGCCAUUAGCACUUCAUUAUGAACUGACGGGAACCUGGAAUCUGAGUCCAGCUAUUUGUGAUCUUUGGGUCUCAUUUGACGUGACGUGUUGUACCUCAUCUAUCCUUAAUCUUUGUAUGAUCUCAAUUGAUCGUUAUCUGGCGAUAACCAAACCGCUCACUUAUGGUGUGCGCCGGACAGCCAAACGUAUUUUGUCAUUUAUCGGCGCCGUAUGGGUGGCCAGUGUGUUGAUAAGUAUUCCUCCGUUACUAGUGUCAGGCAACGAGCACGGCACUGAUGAAUCGGCCACCUGUGAAGUCAGCCAAAACAUCGGUUACCAACUAUACGCAACAUUGUCCGCCUUUUACAUUCCGCUGUCUGUUAUGAUUGUCAUGUAUUACAAGAUCUAUAUCGCAGCCAAACGAGUGGUUGAAGCGGAACAAAGAGAUCAAAGACCGAGUACCACAACAACGCCAAAUACAGCCGCACUUAAAGCACAGUUACCAUUAUUGAAGUGUCAGCAAAACGACAAUCAUAUGAACAAACUAGACAUUACUUCUAGUAAUACAAACAACGUCUGGACGCGAAUCAAAGGAUGCGAUUGUUAUGAAAAUACUCAAAAAACGGAAACAAUUGCCAUCAAUACAGACCAAUCCUCAAAGGGCUUAAAGAUAUUGAAACAACAAACAAAUGGUAUGUCCAGCACAGGAAGCGCCGUAUCCACGACAGCACUCGCAUCUCAAACAUCAUCAUCUCUGAGGCCAAACAUUGAAUGCCAACAAAAACGAUGGUCAGACUCAUCAACAAUCAAUGCCAGCUCUGUCUAUAAGAGAAGAGCAUCAAAUGCACUGCGAGAGCGAAAAGCAUCGUUUACUUUAGGAGUAAUAAUGACAGCUUUCACUGUUUGCUGGCUGCCCUUCUUUAUAUUGGCUCUAUUGAAGCCAUUCUCAGCAUCGGUCGUACAAAUUCCCAGAUUUGUUUUGAGCACUACGUUAUGGUUGGGUUACGCCAACUCUAUGUUGAAUCCAAUUAUUUACGUAACAUUUCAUCAGGACUUUCGCCGCGCAUUCAAAUAUCUUCUGUGCCUACAAUGCGCUACAAUGGGAUCACGGCUUCGGGCGGAAGCUUAUCAAAGCCAAUACGGCACCGAACGGGGCCAUUACGUGGCCAACGAGUUCGCCGCCAGCAAUGCCGACAGUUUUACGGACAAUAAAAAUAUGAUUCAUUAUAAAGAUGAGCGAAGAAGUACUGGUGGUCUAUGCAGUAGUAGUGUUGACAUCAUAGCAAAGGAUAGGAUGCAAAAUGAGGCAACACUUUGA